AUGCUCCAGUUCCAUUACAUGGCUCCAUGGGUGCCUGGUUUCACUCACGCAGUGGAAGCCGAGUUGAUUGCAUCCGAGAACAAGCCGCCGUUCACUCCGUUCCAGUUGGCUACCAUCGAUAGCAAGACCGGUUUCCCUAAGAACAGAACUCUCGUGUACAGAGGCUUUCUCUUUGACGACAAGUCGAACAGCACAUUGACUUUCACUACCGAUAAGCGGAUGGAUAAAUACGACGAAUUACUCCACAACGACCGUUUUGAGGCUGUAUUCUAUUUUGGCAGAACUAAAAAGCAGUUCCGGUUCAGUGGCAGAGCCCGCAUCAUCGACGAUGCCCAUAGACCCAGUAUCGACUUGGCUUCUAUUCAGCCCAGUACACUUAUCGAAAAUAAUCACAAGAAAUCGCUUAAAAGGGCAAAAGAAUAUGACAACUCCGACUCGGAGUACUUAGAUUUGUUGUCGCCUUCGUUGUUGUCGCAGUUCAACAACGACUCCACCAGCGAUUUGGCGUAUCUGACGUUGAACGAAUUAUCACAUUUGCUGUAUAUCCCUCCUACCGAUCAGGAAUGGAGUGACGAAAUCGAGCGUCAGUGGAAUGGCUUAUCCAAGGGAUUGAAGAAGUCGUUCAGAAAGCCUCUGCCAUUGACUCCGUUGACUGACGAACACGUCAAGCUUAUGGACUCUAUCAACAGAGGUGUAGAUGGCAAGAAAGACGACCAUGGUAAAAAGAACUUCGCCGUAGUAGCCAUGUUCAUCGACCGUGUUGACUUGGUCGAGCUAGAUAAGGACAGACGGUACAUCUACGUCAAGGACCCGCACCAAUUGUGGAGCGAGGAAGAAGUUUGUCCUUAG